GCUAACAUAUAUAAUAUUUACUCAAUGUCUGAUUGCAAAUUGGACACGUAUUCCAACUCAAUCCACAAGAUUGGCGACCAAUUGCGGCGCGAGGCACGCAGCACGUACAAUCGACUGCGGUCAAUUGACGACGACGCCGGGUUUGUGCGCAAUGUUUCUGAACUGCUUCCAUCAUACCCAGUGAUAGCCAACGAGCGGUGCGGGUUAUGGUAUGUUGAUCCAUCGGUGGCUCACGCGCAGACAGUAUACUUCAAGUCCACGGACGGGCACAACGGCAAUUGGAAAUUUAGUCUGCGUAGGGCCAACACGCAACUGUUUAAUGUGUUGCGACAAUACUCGGGAUGCCUCAUUGUUGACUCGACAAGGCAGGGCAAGCGCAUGCCGGAUUCGUUUUCGCGGACAAUACCGAUUUGGUGCGCCGUCUGGAACAUGGCCAGAUCACUGGUCGAGGGUCUCCAACCUGAGACAGGUGUCACGGAGGUGCAUGUGCCGCCCAGCAUUGUGUCACCUUCGGAGAGAAGCCAGAUCAACAAGCUGGUUCCGGGAUUUGCAAAGUCGCUGGUUGAGUCGGGAAUCGAUGUGCAAGGCUUAUUGCAGGGUAUAUCCAAGCCGCUGCGUCCGAUUUGGAUAACCCAGGAUCACAGCUUAUUUAUGCCUCCUGAUUUCACCGAUGCCAACUUUAUCCCGAUCGUCUGUGUCUGCGCAUCGGCGGUGCUAUUCAAUGAUCAGCGCGUGGAGGCGUCCUUCGGCCGCAGUGCAUACUUGUACGUGCAGGGCUCUGCCGACGACCAUGAGCUGUGGGCGCAGGGCCUGACUGCGCGGCUAUUCUGGAAGCACCGGAGGCAACUCUUGGAAAACAAGGACACUUGCUUGGAUGUUGCGCAGAGCAUUGUUCUUCGGGAGAGGCAGUCCGAGGGAGACGACGAUUUGGGUGCCUGUGGCAAAUUUAACUUUGUCGCGCAUACCAAUAUUGCAGUUGGAGGGCGUGUUGGUGGCCGUCCACCCGAGUGCUGGUCGCAAUUUGACGCUGUCAUUAAUUGCGGAUCUCCCGAGUACGAACCAAACAAGGAUAGGGCGCUGGAGUCGCAGUAUUUGUUUUUGUCCAUUCCCGAGGGCAAGCGGGGCCAGGUGGAGCUCGGCCGCUCGAUUCCACAAGCGCUCGAGUUUGUGCGGUCCUUUGUUGGCGAUCCGCAAAAGCGCAUAUUGGUGCACUGCAGCCAGGGUGUGGACCGCUCUGUAGGCAUCACUUUGUCAAUUCUGGCCAAAUACUACGACGGCAAAGGGCACUAUUGCGAGAACACUUCAAAAGACAUUACCAAGGAUUCAAUUAAAACUCGACUUUUGUGGAUCACGACUUCUCGCACAAAGGCCAAUCCGUCGCGGGCAACACUCAAGCAGGUUAAUCGGUUCUUCCUGGACAUUGUCUGAUGUUGGCAUUCAAAUGUUUUCUUUAUUAUUUGUUAGAUAAAUUGGUCUUAACAAAGAAUUAAAG